AAUAAAAUAAAUAAAAGUUAUUAAAAAUGAAAAUAUACGAUUGAAAGUGAAGACAAUGGAAAAAGUGAAGGUGAAGAGAAAGUGAAAAAGAGAAAAUGGAAACACUAGAUCGAGGUUUUGCACUUUCAUCCCAAUUCAAGGAUUUGCUCCGGAAACCCGUAGAAUCAACACGACCCUCUGUUUAUAAUCAGCGGCCGCAGCCGAAUCGUCUGGUGGCCGGAAGCCGGACGAAUAGUCCGAAGGGUGUAGAUGAGGACCGGAGUGGGCCGGGUUGGCGGGUUUAUGGAUCAAGGCUCCGAAGUCCGGAGCAACGAGUGAGUACUCCUCCCGGGAUUACAAGACAAGGUUCUGACUGGGAUCCCUCAUACGGGUUCCUUUCCCCGCAGCUUGGAACCAGGAACCAAGCCCAGCAGCGCAGAUGGAACCAGUCUAAUAUCCCUAGGAACGUUAAUUCCGCAACCAGGAACGCUCCCGUGACAGCUAGGAAUGGUUCCCCGUUAGCCAGGAACUCUCCCGUAAACAUUCCAGGUUCCAAGCAAAGUGUGCUAGCACCUAAAUCUGAACAAGUGAGUUCUAGGAACGGUUCAAUAUGUUCCGGGAAGAGUGUAGUGAGUAGUGGGAACCCUGUUAUAUCAACAAGGAACGCUAUUUACGGACGGAACGUAUCCAGCAGUGGCUGGAAUAGUCCUGCAGGGUUCAGGGAACGCUCUGACAGAUUCCAGAGUCAGGAUGAAACCCCACCUUCUUCAGUAACAUCUGCAUGGAACACAAGACAACCCGUUUCAGCACUGCAUGGACCAAGAAUGCGUUGGAUGAAGGAGAGAUGUUGUUAG